GUUUAAGACAUUUGAGUUCAUUGACUUCUUUUUUCACAAAUAAUAAAAAAAAGUGUCCAAAUUUCGUAUGGAUAGAAAAGUUUCUUAUCAGACCGCAUAAUUUGUAUCGAUAAAAAAAGAGAGAAGUGAAGUAAAAAAAAUAAUAUUUUAUUUUAUUAACGCAAAAAUAAUAAUUCAGAGAAAUAAGAAGAAGAAAAAGUUUGCGAUAAGUGAAAAAAAAUAAGGUUCGAUAAAAAAAUAUAUAAUAAAAAUCACAACAAGAAUUAAAGUAUGUCAAAUGCAAAUAUAACAGUGACUAGUAUCAAUUGUGAUCCAUCAAGAAUCCAUCAAAUCAUGGAUGAAUCAUCGACAGUCAUGAGUGAUGGAUGCAGUAAAGUUAGAGUUACUGUGCCAAAAAUUGAGGAAGCGUCAGAUAAUUCCGAUUCGGAAUUGGAGUUGUCGAGUAUUGAGAAAAGUGCAUGUAUUACGCAAACUUCCAAAAAUAAUGGACAGCGACCAAUGUCAUGGGAAGGUGGAUUAUCGGAGAAUGAGGAAAUGAUGGAAGUCGAAAAGUUGAGUCCGAUACAAAUGAAUUGUGAGGAUAAGACAGUUAUUAAGCCAGAAGUAAUAACACCGAUAGAAAUAUUAACAAAUAAUAAUCAUCCCAGUACUAUACAGCAACUCAAAGUGCCAGCUUUUGGAACGACCAAAAAGUUUCCAGAAAUUGUUAAUUUGAAAUAUGAGCCAGGCUCGCAGUCAUCAACAACGACUAGUUUUCCGGAAGGAUUAAUUAACAAUAGUCCAUUACUCGUACGCUCAAAACAACAGUCACUUUUGCCAGCGAAUCCAAGUCCUGAUUCAGCAAUUCAUUCAAUCUAUACACAAAGUUCGCCCAGUCAAUCACCGUUAACGUCAAGACAUGCACCUUAUACGCCAUCGCUAAGUCGAAACAAUAGUGAUGCAUCGCACAGUUCAUGUUAUUCAUAUAGUUCAGAAUUCAACAGUCCAACUCAUUCACCCAUUCAAGGACGUCAUUCAAUUUAUGCACCAUCGACUUCACAGCAGCAACAAUACAACGGCACAUUACAGCAUUCCAUGCUCUAUCGAUCAAUUAUUGUUGAUGGUGAGCAACAGCAGAACAAUUUUAGAUUGGCAACGAGUGAGGAAAAUAAUAAUAUCAAUAAUAAUAAUGUAAGUGAUCAGCAAGAAGCUGGCUUACCGACAACGGCUGGCAUUUCUCGUCAACAGCUUAUAAAUAGUCCGUGUCCAAUAUGUUCAGAUAAAAUAUCUGGUUUCCAUUAUGGCAUUUUCUCGUGUGAGUCAUGUAAAGGAUUCUUCAAGCGAACCGUACAGAAUCGAAAGAAUUACGUUUGCUUACGCGGUGCUGCAUGUCCAGUGACGAUUGCAACAAGAAAGAAAUGUCCAGCAUGUAGAUUUGAAAAAUGUCUUCAGAAAGGUAUGAAAUUAGAAGCAAUUCGUGAGGAUAGAACACGAGGUGGUCGAUCUACCUAUCAAUGCUCAUAUACACUUCCAGUAUCGUCGCUUCCUCAUCAAGGAUCAUCACUUAUUAUUGAUGGACAUUAUAAGACUAAUGGUAUGAAAAUGGAGAAUUAUGAGGGCGGUAGUAAGCUUUUAAAUGGAUGCAAUGAUAUGAAACCACCUGGAGUUCCAGUACUUUUACAAGAAAUUAUGGAUGUUGAAUUUUUAUGGCAAUAUAAUGAGAAUGAACUUUUAAGACUUAAUCAACAAAUCGCAAACGAACAAGGAGCCACGACAUCAUCAGAUGCAAUUAAGAAUAAUCCAUUUUUGGCAAGUGCAGGUGUUACAAAUGAUAAUUCAAGUCCCGAUAUGAUUGCCACAUUAUGUAAAAUUGCCGAUCAUAGACUGUAUAAGAUUGUUAAAUGGUGCAAGUCAUUGCCACUUUUUAAGAAUAUAUCGAUUGACGAUCAAAUAUGCUUAUUAAUUAACUCAUGGUGUGAACUUCUACUAUUUUCUUGUUGCUUUCGUUCUAUUUCAACGACUGGUGAGAUAAAGGUCUCGCAGGGAAAGUCAAUUACAUUAGCUCAAGCUAAAGCUAGUGGACUGAAUAUUUGUAUAGAGCGUAUGCUCAACUUAACGGAUCACUUAAGGCGCUUGAAAGUUGACAAGUAUGAGUACGUGGCAAUGAAAGUUAUUGUAUUACUCUCCUCAGAUACUGCUGAACUUAAAGAACCUGAAAAAGUUAGAGCAAGUCAAGAGAAGGCAUUGCAAGCACUUCAAGCUUACACUUUAGGUCAUUAUCCAGAUGCACCAGCAAAAUUUGGCGAGUUAUUGUUGCGAAUUCCAGAACUUCAAAGGACAUGUCAAGUUGGCAAAGAGAUGUUAACUAUAAGACCUAAGGAAGGUGACGAAGAGCCAUCAUUUAAUUUACUUAUGGAAUUAUUACGUGGAGAACAUUAGUAAAAAAUGUUCAAAACAAAUAAAAACCAGCAAACGCAGACUGAAAUUUGCUAAUAUAAAGUAAAAUACAAACAAAAAACGACUCAAAUGUGAUCUUCAGACUUCUUUUUAUAAAGAAAAAAAAAGUACAGACAAAAAAAGUAUAAGAGCAUAAUUUUUUCAUCCCAUACGCAUUAACAGACAGAAUGAUCAAAGCUAAUACAUGGAAUGGUAAACUUGAAAGAUUAAAUCACAAUCAUCUGCAACACAUUAUUAAACUAAGUAGACAUUUAAGGACUUAUAGACUUUUUUACUAUCGCAAAGUAAUAUUUAAGGAAGACAACAAAAAAAAAGAGAAAAAAAAAAUCAUGAACAAAGUUCAAGCCAACAUUUCUUAUUUACUUAUUUAUUCUCGAAUUUUUAUAUGGACAAAAAGUUAUGCUUUUACUAUUUCUUAAGAUGGAAAUUUUUCGUAAGGAAAUUAAGGGAUUGGAUUAAUGAAAAUUGAAGAAUUGCUUUGAAAUUAAAGAUCGAAUUUCAAACAUUAAUUCAAUAUUCCUUAAUUUCCAAAGAUAAAUUUUUCAUACCUAAUCGCCCCUUAACUUUGUGCAAUCUUUAACUUUAAUUCGACAUUUAUUUUUUUUUUUGCAACAUUAAUGCUUCCUAUUGUAAUCUGUGAAUUAAGAGAAUUAUUUUUAAAAAUUCAAAAAAAAUUGGCAGAAAAUUUAAUUUUUUUCCUCAUUUUAUUUUAUUUUUAUGUUUUCUUAAAAAAGCUAUGGACAUAAAGAGAAAAACAUUUAAAAAGCCUUAAAACUGAAAGUAUAAAUAAAUUGAACUAAUGAAGCAAAUAAUUAGACAAAUUUGGAAGGGAUGUUGAAGUUCCUUGAUUUUUUUCAAAUCAUUGAAAAUUUUGAGUAAAAACAAAUUCUUUUUUAAAAAUUGUGCCUUUAAUUAUAGAUGAAAAUUAACUAGACAUUUAAGACUAAGUAAGUGAGCAUAUUAAAAAAAAAAUUAAAAUGUAAUUAAUGAAUUACGUGCAAGUGAUUUUAGCAUAUAAUUUGGCGACUUUUGCGGAUAAAAAAAGAAGUGAUUUAUGCACUUUAUGUUCUUUACAAUGUAAAUAUUAUUCAUUUUGACAGUGAGAGAAAAAAGAUAGAAACAAGAAACGAAAGUAAUUUUUAAUUUAUUUUAUUUUAUUUUUUUUUUAUAUACAAAAAAUAUAUCUCUAUGAGUUUUCUAACGAUGGUGAUGGGUUUAAUUUAAAUUUAGUUUAAAAUGAAUUUUUUAAAGAAAUCAAAUUCCUUAUACGUCAUCAAUGGUGAAUAUUUAAUUUUAUUUGAUUGAUGAUGUACAUUUAGAUUUUAGUUGUUGAAUUGUGUAUUUUUUUAUUAUUAAUAAUUAAUUUUUUAUUGUUAAAUGAAUUGAGUUUAAGGAAAAUUCUUUGAUUUGUUUGAAUAUUAUCAAUUCUUGAAAGUAAAAUCUAAGAUUUUAAAAGCAACUUUUUUGAUAUAAUUUUCUGAAUUUUGAGAUUUUUGUGUCAGUUAAGAUAUAAAGCAUUUGAGCAACUUACUAUCUUUGCAAAUACUAGUGAUCUAAUUUUAUCAAAAGCAUAGUCAGAAACGUUUAAUGAAAUCAAUCUUCAAAGGCUCUGCUAAUGAAAAAAAAAGAAAAUAUCUAAGAAUAUCCAACAUUAAGUUUAUCAAUAAAAACUUAAAAUUAAUCGUAAGGAAGUUGAAUUCGUUUAGAAGAAAAUAUGAUUAGAUCUUCAAGAUUUUCUUUUGAAAAGAAAUGUUCUUUAAUUGAAGCUCAACUUCAGAAAUUCAAUCUAAAUCUUGCAAAUCCAAACAAACAAUUUUCUGCAAUCAACACAGAAAUUUUAUUUAAAUGCUGACCUUUAAAUUGCCAAAACAUGAGAUUUGUCAAUUUGAAACUCAAUAUUUAAAAGUAAAACUGUCACAAAAUAUAUCAAGCACCAACAACAAGAGAUUAAAGAAUUUUCCUUGAACAAAAAACAAUUUAUAGAAAAAAAAAUUCGAAUUUCCAAAUUUUUGUAUUUAAAUUGAAGUUAAGAAAGAAAAGAGUUUAAAUGUUGAAUGUUUUUAUGUCUCAAACUGAUUGAUUUCUUGAUGAAAUCAAGGAAAUACUUAAUGACAGAUAUAAGCAAUCAACAGAUCAUUUUUAAAGCUCAUACAGAAAUUUAUUUAAGUUUAACAUAUUCUUUUGUUCAGUAUUUCUUCCUUUUGAUUAAUAAUAAUUAUUUUUUGAACAUAGCCAGAUGAAAGAAUUGAUACCUAAUAAAAUUAGGCAAUCUUUAGUAAAAAAAUAAAAGUUUUAUUUCUUUUUAAGAUUUUUUAUUUUUAUUAUUUUUUUAUGCUUUAGUUCCUCACAUGCAGAUGGCGGUGUAUAAUUUUCAAAAUUUAUAUCUUGAUAUUCGAGUCAGAAAUUUUCACAAUCUUAAGGACCACCUGUAAAAAUCAUCAAAAUUUCUUUUCGUAAUUAGCUCACAAAAAUAGAAUAAAAAAUGUAUUUUGGCACAUGAUUAACCAUUAAAGUUGAUCUCAUUGAUUUCAAGUGUCACCGCACAUACACGACGAUCAUCAUCAAGAUUUUCGUGCAUAAUGUGGCUAAUUUUCUUUCUCGUCAGUAUUGUGCCAAAAAAAUUGUUUCUGCAAUCAUAUUUUCUUUAAUCUAUUUGUUUGACAUUCCUUUCAUUACUAAAACAGAAUUCCUCUAUCAGAUCGAAUGAAUUGGUUUUUGUAAAAGGUGGAGCUUUGCUUCAAAUACAUUUGAUUAAUAUUCUUAUUGACUCUCUGAUCGUUUUGACAAAUUUUUCAAAUUGGCAUUUAUGGUAAACAACUUGAGGAUGUUGAGGAUAGUUGGGAGGUGCAAUUUUGAUGUUUUAAGUUAAUCAGGCAGCUAAAUUAUAUUAUUUUAUUCUACAACUUUUUGAUGUUUACUGUUCAAAUAUACUCGAAAUUGAUUUUUAAACCGUAAAGCAAUUCGAGGGCAUUAAAAAUUCAAAUUAGUAAUAAAAAUCUAAUUUCAUUAAUUUUAGGACUUUUUAUGGGUACUAAGAGGGUCUCAGAGAUCUCAGAAGUAUACUGCAUGCUAUCCAAAUAUUGUUUGUACGCAACUGACUCUGGUUUUCAUGGAAAACUUACCACAAGCUCCUAAAGCUUUAAUUAAAAAUGAUAGCAUUUAAGUGGUUCGAAUCCUGAAGUGAUCUGUUUGAUUAUUCCAAUAAAUCACAUCUAUCUGGUAUCAUUUAAAAACUUAUGAAGCCACUAAGGACCAAACCUAAUGCGGCAUAAAAAAAGAAAGCAAUUUAACUCGAUAAAGACUUAAAAAACCCAUAAACAAUUGAAAUUCUAACAGAUUUCCCACAAGCAUCAAGCCACAAAAAUCAAAAAACUGAAUAAUAUCCUCAAAUCAAAAAUCCCAUCCUGAAUGUAUGUAGAACAAAACCGACAGUAAUUAACAUUCUUACAUUGAAAAUAAAAUCAGAUGUUUCGAAUAAUUUCAAAAAUUCCUGAACUAUCUUCAAAUACUUAAGGCAUGUGCACUCGAAAUACCUUCUGAAGUAGCUUCUUCCUUUCUUUAUCAUGGAAUGUGUGUAAUUUAAUUAUUGUAGAAAAAUAAUUGACCUGAAAAAUAAAACUGAUCUGUUUUUUUAUAUGGAAAAAUUGUAUUUAUAGCUAUAAAAAGUGUAAAGAACUUGAAAUUAAUCAAAACUUUGCUGACAAUUCAAGGAAGCUUAACAAAAAA